CACCGGCGCGUCGGCAUGGUCCAGGAGCUGCUGAGGAUGGUGCGCCAGGGCCGGCGGGAAGAGGCGGGGACGCUGCUGCAGCACCUGCGCCAGGACCUGGGCAUGGAGUCAACCUCACUGGAUGAUGUCCUGUAUCGCUAUGCCAGCUUCCGGAACCUGGUGGACCCCAUCACACACGACCUCAUCAUCAGCCUGGCACGCUACAUCCACUGCCCCAAGCCGGAAGGUGAUGCACUGGGCACCAUGGAGAAGCUAUGCCGGCAGUUGACCUACCACCUCAGCCCCCACUCCCAGUGGAGGCGCCACCGUGGACUGGUGAAGAGGAAGCCACAGGCCUGCCUCAAGGCUCUCCUGACUGGGAACCCUCCAGACAAUACAGUGGACCUGUCAGGCAUUCCACUGACUUCCCGGGACCUGGAACGGGUGACCAGCUACCUGCAGCGCUGUGGUGAGCAGGUGGACAGUGUGGAGCUGGGCUUCACGGGCCUCACAGAUGACAUGGUCCUGCAGCUACUGCCAGCCCUCAGCACCCUGCCUCGCCUCACCACACUAGCCCUCAAUGGAAACCGGCUGACCCGGGCCCUGCUGCGCGACCUCACUGACAUGCUGAAGGACCCCAGCAAGUUUCCCAAUGUCACUUGGAUUGACUUGGGCAACAAUGUGGACAUCUUCUCUUUGCCCCAGCCCUUCCUGCUCAGCCUGCGCAAGCGGUCUCCAAAACAGGGCCACCUACCAACCAUCCUGGAGCUGGGGGAGGGUCCUGCCAGUGGGGAGGAGGCCAGGGAAGGGACAGUGAGCCAGGACUCCGAAGGGCUACAUGUGGUACUUUCUGAAGAACAAGAGAGCAAGGGAACCGCAAUUGAAACGUGACAUUGAGAGCGCAUCACCAGGCCAUCCUUGUGUAGGGCUAAAGCAGUUUGGGGAUGAGAUUAUGGCUGCCAAGUCAGCCUGGGCAGCCUCCCACACAGAAAAAUAGCGCAAUGCACCAGGAAAGGGGAUCUGUGUUCAUGGCUUUAAUUCAUACCACUCAAGACAUAUGCCUCAGAGUACCUGCUUGGUGGCUUCUGAGAAAUCAUCCCUGGAUUGAGACUCCAGGGACCUCUCAGUGUAGCCCUUGCCUUGUGGAAAUGGCACCUACACCUAACACAGAACUUCACAACUCAUCUUUGGAAGGCAAACUCCAGGCAGAUGCUAAACACGUUCCCAAUCCUAAGAUCCUACUGAGGAAGGAGGGUAGUUGACAGCGAUCCCCAGUAG